AUGGCCUCGCUACCUCUUAGAUGUGUCUUGGCUUUGGCUGUAAUGCAAGUGGUAAGUACGAAGUGUAACAAUAAGGAACCAUUCAAUAUUGCCUUGCUUUAUGCACAGCAGAUCUAUAAUGUCAAUUCGCUCUUCUCUUGGCAGGUAUCCUCCUCUGGUGUGUUCGAGCUGAAAGUCCAUUCGUUCAACACUGCUCACCGCAUAUGCAGAAGGCAUAGGGACUGCCACAUCUUUUUCAGAAUUUGUCUCAAACACUCAGAGGAUGUCAUCCAUGCGGAGCCACCAUGCACUUUUGGAACAGGACACACCAACGUCAUCCGGGCAGAUCAGACCUCAAUUUCCAGCAGCGCUCCUAUUAGAAUACCGUUCCAUUUCAAGUGGCCGGUAAAUAAUAUUUUAUACAUAAAUACUAAUGUUAGACAAGGAAAUAGAAGUGUUAUGUUACUGUAUCAUUCUUGCAUAAACUUUAAUCCAGGAUUUACCUCUAUUCCAGGGAACAUUUUCGCUGAUCAUUGAAGCAUGGAACGCAGAAACCCCUACAGAAUACACAGGUAAGGUGUUGUUGCAGUAGGCUUAUUAUAGCCUUUUUUUAACAGCCUACCUUUUACUUUCAAACAUUCAAUAUGUCAAUAGGCUACUACAAUACUAUUUUUCUUAUAUUUUUCAGACAACCAAAACAACCUGGUCAGCCGCUUGGCUACCAGAAGAAGACUGGCCAUAGGCGAGGACUGGUCUCAAGACGUCCACUUCGGAGAGCAGAGCGAGCUGCGCUAUUCCUAUCACGUAUUCUGUGACGAGUACUACUUUGGCGACAGCUGCGCCGAAUACUGCAGACCCCGCGACGACACUCUGGGCCACUACACCUGUGACGUGGAGGGGAACAAACAAUGUCUGGAGGGCUGGAAGGGAAACUACUGUUCUGAUCGUAAGUUCAAUCUACUUGGUUAACAUCAUUGACUUUAGGCUACAUUACUGUCCAGACUCAGAUGCUGUCAACCAGGUUGUCUCGGUCUGCACUGUAUAGGCCUAUUGUAAAUAGACUGCACAGUGCACGCAAUGAUUAAUUGAUGAAUGAGGCGAAUGUUCUUUUUGGCAUUCUCCUUAGUGAAAACAAUGAAUGCAAUUAGAAGGUAUCACAAGGGCAGCAUAUAGACCUGAAUGAUUGGUGGCAAUAAUUUUUACAUACAGGCCUAUAUAUAAUCACACCAAUAAUUAAUCAUAUGCAACACAUUUUAAUUCCACAUUUUAUGAAAAUGUUUGUGCUGAGUUAUUUCUAAAGUAAGAUUACUCUGCCUCAAGGAUUUCAAUUGAAUCCCUUAACCAGCCGUUCUACUCCUUUAGACAGGCAUAAUUGCAUGAGUCUUAAAAGAGCCUUAAAAGUAUCUACUUUUAUCUCAGAAAGCCCCCUGUAGCGUUGCUUUAUAGACUUUAUAGUAAGGAAGGCUUGUGGCGUUGGAUCUGCCUUUUGUUCCCCUGUAACAAAGGGAUAAAGAACCGUGACACACCAGGGACACAUGUUGGAGAUGCUGUGUGUGUGUGUGUGUGUGUGUGUGAGUUGCAGGUGUGUGUGAGGCAGAGGGAGAAAAGAAAGUCCUGCUGUCUGUUUCUACGGUGACUUGCUCACCAGCUGCUUGGUUUAAUACUUAACAAACAGUUGAAGUCUGAGACGGGGGGCGGGAGGGCCGGGGGGUGGGGUCAGACAGAGUUGGGUGUCUGUGUGUGUUCUGUGAUGUAAAGCGGUGGUGGGGGGUGCAUUCCCAAUCUACCCAUUCAUUGUAAUCACACCCUCUCCCCCCUCCUCCCACCAGCCAUCUGUUCGGCGGACUGCAGUACGAGGCACGGCUACUGCGAGGCCCCUGGGGACUGCAAGUGCAGAAUGGGUUGGCAGGGGCCCUUGUGCAACGAGUGUGUGCGCUACCCGGGCUGCCUCCAUGGCACCUGCGGCCAGCCGUGGCAGUGCGACUGCAAGGAGGGUUGGGGCGGCCUCUUCUGCGACCAGGACCUCAACUACUGCACCAACCAUCGGCCGUGUGCCAAUGGUGCCACCUGCACCAACACAGGCCAGGGCAGUUACACCUGUACCUGCCGCCCGGGCUACGGUGGCACCAACUGUGAGCUGGAGACCAAUGAGUGCGACAGCAACCCCUGCAAGAACGGAGGCAGCUGCAACGUGAGUAAUAUUACAGCUUGCAGGAAAUAGGGGUAGUUAAAUAUUGGCUAGGAUUUUUUUUAGAUGUUCAAUUGUGUGUUAAUUAAACAAUAUUUUUUCUCUUAGUUAAUUUGGCAUGCCAUGUUAUAUAUUGUUUUUUUUUACUUAAUUGUCCAGUCCAUUUGAACGUAAAAUGGAAAUGUGUCCUUGGCACAAACACAGUGUAACAUAACACAUUACAGUAAUAAACAUGUUCAAAUAAGACACAAUGUCAGAAACAUGAUCAGUAAUCAUGGAUCAUCUAUGGAUUGUAAAAAGCCAAAGCUCAGUCAAGGUGUCUGCAAGAAUUCUCUCGACGUUAUCAAAAAUACUCGAAUGUCAAUACUCUCGCUCUUUAGGACCUGGAGAACGACUACUCAUGCACCUGCCCCCAGGGCUUCUAUGGGAAGAACUGUGAGAUCAUCGCCAUGACGUGUGCCGAUGGGCCCUGCUUCAAUGGAGGCACAUGCAUGGAGAUGCUGACGGGGGGCUAUACUUGCCGUUGCCCUCCCACCAACACUGGCUCCAACUGCGAGAAGAAACUGGACCGCUGCAGCAACAGCCCCUGUCUGAAUGGUGAGUCUGACUGCAGUGGAUCACGCUCAAAUUCAAGUAUAUCGUUUAUUUGCCAUUUGCAGGUAUUAAAGUAGUACCUACAUUGGAAUGCUUUGUUGGAGCUCUCUCACAUAUAGUACAGUACAUACACAUGUACAGUAAAAAGAUAAUAAAUAGUCAUCAGAGAGCACAGCUGAACACUGUAUGCUGGAAACACUCGGUUUGAUAUUUUAACCAAUCUUUGUUAAACAUAAAUACCGAACUUGUUUUUGCAUGGAUAGGUUUUAACAGCUAGGACUGCUAUUUCUUGUCCCGGAAUCCCGCUUAACUGACAGGUUAAAGUCUGCUUGAAAGAGCCGCUAACCAAGCUAAGCUGCUAGCCAUCAAGCUAACUAAGUUAGUCCCAGAUGAGUUUUCCAAUGGAGCCCUCUUUGUCUGGAGAAGUAAAUGAACGGUUCCAGCGUUGUAGGAGCGCUAUCUACUACGCUUUUUUUUGGGACAAAUUGGAUAACUCAGAUAUCCAAUGCGGCAAUUGUUUGCUUGCCGAGGAUUAUUGGCUUGAGUUGGCUUACUUGAUCAUGCAGGUUGCCAUCCUACGUAAGAAACUGGGGAAAACGCAGAGUGGAAUGUUUACCUUUUCUACUCCGAUAUCUAGACGGCGUUCGCGCUUGUUGGAUGCAUCUCCACCUUGUCGUUUGUCAUUAUCCGACUGGCCGGUGUGGCACGGAGUUUGUUCGCCAGGGGAGCCAUCUCGUGCCUCUCCAUCUGAUAGCGGAGUCGAAGGAGUGCAGCUAGAGGAGCAUGGUAAUCAACGAUUUCGAAGUCGACAUCGGCAACCUUCCGUCCCUGCUCUGGAUCGAGUUGGGCUUCUCCAUCUGUCAGAGGCCUGCGCUGGGAGCUACGGGCUCAAGUUAUCCUGCCUCUGGCCCGUGCUUAAAGGGUUCUCCGAAUCCUGUGAAAUGUGGGUGGAUUUCCUCGUCUUUCUCGCCAGCUCCAUGGUAAGAAAUGUGACUGCCUGGUGCAAAAACAAUGUCCUAUCCCGGAGCUCGAGUAAAUUACAUUACUAAGCUGCUUCCGAAUGUACCAAGGCAGGACAUGGACAUCGAUUCUAUCAUAGUCCAUGUGGGUUUUAAUGACAUUAUGAAGGGCAGCUCUGACCAGUUGACACAUAUUAUUGCAGCUCAAUGGGUGUAACUUUUGUUGACAAUUUCGAUACCUUUUGGAAACAAAAAACGUUUUAUAAGGAGGAUGGGAUCCACCCAAAUAAUUUGGGUUCCUGGAUCCUUUCACAGCAUUAUAAGGCUGUGUUGAGGCAAUGACUUAUCAAUGACCGAAGCCCAGCUCAGUUAAUUCCUACCAUUGUGUCGCUGAGUCAUCAUAAUGCUUUAGCAAACGUACAGUGUACCAGGGGCAUUGGUAGACGCAAUGUAAAUAAAAUAAUUUAUGUCCAUCUAAGUGCCCAGAAUGCCUCUGCUGAUCCUACAGCUAUUGUAUGCAGCAAUCAUGUGCCUAUGAACCAGAUUUAUGCUGUUAGCACUGAGGCGGUGUGCCCUAGUAGGAAGUCCACAGAGUGCAGAUCACCCUGCACUAACAUAAAUAACAUGAGAAUAUCUACUUCUGUCAAGCUUCCCAGUAAAGCAAUGAAAACAAGCAAGCAUCCCAGAAAAGUGCUCAAAAUAGCCCACAUUAACAUAUGUAGCUUAAGAAACAAGGUUCAUGUCAUUAAUAACUUGCUAGUAACAGAUGACAUUCAUAUUCUGACUAUCUCUGAAACUCACUUUGACAAUACCUUUGAUGAUACAGUGGUAGCAAGGUUAUAACAUUUACAGAAAACACAGAAAUGCCAGUGGUGGAGGUGUUGCUGUUUAUAUUCAGAAGAUUAGAGAGGAUCUCAUGUUCAAUACUGUUGAAGUAAUAUGGCUACAGGUUCAUCUGCCUCACCUAAAGCCCAUUCUUUAAUGAUUUUUUCAUUGGCAAGAUUAGCAAAUGUAGUCAUGACAUGCCAGCAACAAACACUGACACUACACAUUCAAGUAUAUCUGACCAGAUUAUGAAAGACAAGAAUUGUAAUUUUGAAUUCCAUAAAGUGAGUGUGGAAGAGGUGAAAAAAAGUAUUGUUGCCUAUCAACAAUGACAAGCCACCGGGGUCUGAGGAUAAUAGCGGACUAUAUUGCCACUCCUAUUUGCCAUAUCUUCAAUUUAAGCCUACUUGAAAGUGUGUGCCCUCAGGCCUGGAGGGAAGCAAAAGUCAUUCCGCUACCUAAGAAUAGUAAAGCCUCCUUUACUGGCUCAAAUAGCAAUAGAAAAGCUUUUGACAUUAUCAAUCAUAGUCUGCUGCUGGAAGAACGUAUGUGGUAUGGCUUUACAUCUCCCGCUAUAUUGUGGAUAAAGAGUUACCUGUCUAACAGAACACAGAGGGUGUUCUUUAAUGGAAGCCUCGCCAACAUAAUCCAGGUAGAAUCAGGAAUUCCCCAGGGCAGCUGUCUAGGCCCCUUACUUUUUUCAAUCUUUACAAACGACAUGCCACUACGCUUUGAGUAAAGCCAGUGUGCCUAUGUAUGCGGAUGACUCAACACUAUACACGUCAGCUACUACAGCGACUGAAAUGACUGCAACACUUAAUAAAGAACUGCAGUUAGUUUCAGAAUUGGUGGCAAUGUAUUAGUUAGUCCUAAAUAUUUCAAAAACUAAAAGCAAAUGGGACAAAUCAUUCACUAAACCCUAAACCUCAACUAAAUCUUGUAAUAAAUAAUGUGGAAAUUGAGCAAGUUGAGGUGACUAAACUGCUUGGAGUAACCCUGGUUUGUAAACUGUCAUGGUCAAAACAUAUUGAUACAACAGUAGAUAAGAUGGGGAGAAGUCUGUCUAUAAUAAAGCGCUGCUCUACCUUCUUCACAGCACUACCAACAAGGCAGGUCCUACAGGCCCUAGUUUUGUCGCACCUGGACUACUGUUCAGUCGUGUGGUCAGGUGCCACAAAGAGAGACUUAGGAAAAUUGCAAUUGGCUCAGAACAGGGCAGCAAGGCUGGCCCUUGGAUGUACACAGAGAGCAAACAUUAAUAAUACGCAUGUCAAUCUCUCCUGGCUCAAAGUGGAGGAGAGAUUGACUUCAUCACUACUUGUAUUUGUGAGAGGUAUUGACAUGUUGAAAGCACCGAGCUGUCUGUUUAAACGACUAGCACACAGCUCAGACACCCAUGCAUACCCCACAAGACAUGCCACCAGAGGUCUCUUCACAGUCCCCAAGUCCAGAACAGACUAUGGGAGAUGCACAGUACUACAUAGAGCCAUGACUACAUGGAACUCUAUUCCACAUCAGGUAACUGAUAAAAGCAGUAGAAUCAGAUUUAUUUAAAAAAGAUACAAAUACACCUUGUGGAACAGCGGGGACUGUGGAGCAACACAAACAUAGGCACAGACACAUGCAUACACACAUAUGCCCCGUGUAGCUCAGUUGGUAGAGCAUGGCGCUUGCAACGCCAGGGUUGUGGGUUCGAUUCCCACGGGGGGCCAGUAUAAAAAAUAAAAAAAUAAAAAAUGUAUGCACUCACUAACUGUAAGUCGCUCUGGAUAAAAGCGUCUGCUAAAUGACUAAAAAAAUACAUUAAAUGUUUUAAAAAAGAACAAAAAAUAUGUAUAUAUAUGAUAACAUAACGCACUAUACACACACGUACACAUGGAUUUUGUGUUGUAGAUAUGUGGUAGUGGAGUAGGGGCUCGAGGGCACACACUUAUUAGUGUGUUGUGAAAUCUGUUAUGAAUGUAUUGUAAUGUUUUAAAAAUUUUAUAACUGCCUUCACUUUGCCGGACCCCAGGAAGAGUAGCUGCUGCCUUGGCAACAGCUAAUGGGGAUCCAUAAUAAAUACAAAUACUAAUAGAAGUGGUAAGAUAAUAAAACAAUGUGCACAAGUGCCAAAAGUAGGAGAAAAACAGCAGCCAGGUUGCUUGGUUUAAAAGGCGGAUUGCACUGGGAUUAAAGCUAUUCUUGAACUUGGUAGUGGAGGUCUUGAUGCUCCUGUAACCAGCCCAGAUGGUAGCUGGGAGAACAGAGCACUCGCAGGGUGGCUGGGGUCUUUAGUCUUUUGGGCCCUAGUAAGGGAUCUGCCUACAUAGAUGGCCUUGAUGAAGCGGAGGGUAGUGCCAAUGAUUCUCUCUGCAGUGUGCGCUACCCUCUGAAACCUUUUGCAGUAAUUUGCAUUGGUGUUACCAUAGCACACAGUGAUGGAUCCAGCCAGGAUGCUCACUACUGUGCAUUGGUAGAAGUUGACUUGAGUGCCUGUACUCAUGCCAAACGUCUUCAGUAGCCUCAGGAAAUAGAGCCGCUGCUAUGCCUUCCUGAUCACAGCAUUUGUGUUGGCUGGCCAUGUCAGAUCAGAUGAGAUGGUUAUGUCAAGGAAUUUAAAACAGUCCACUAGCUCCCCAAAAAAGUGGAAACAGGUGAAAGUGGAUGGAGAGGAGCUUGCCUUGGUUCUGGCAACAUCUAGUGGUUGAAGUACGCAGCUGCACUUGCUUGGUAGCACAAUGAAUGAAUACAUGUUUUCAGGGUAUAUCAAUUAAUGAAGUCAUGAAGUGCCAACAGCGUGAUAUCCCAUGUACCCCAUCUUGUACUACUUCAGAAUGUGGUAGGCUGCAGUGUACUAAGUGGAGCCGUAUGAUAUGUUGUCUUCUAGGUGGUGAGUGUCUAGACCUGGGUCAGAGCGUGCUGUGCCGCUGCCGCUCCGGCUUUACCGGUGCCAACUGCCAGGUCAACAUCGACGACUGUGCCUCAGCGCCGUGCCAGAAUGCCGGCACCUGCCAGGAUGGCGUGGAUGAUUACACCUGUUCGUGCACGUUGGGCUACGCCGGCAAGAACUGUAGCGUGCGCUCAGAUGCUUGCGGCCGCGGUGCCAGCGCCCAGCCCUGCCAGAAUGGCGGCACCUGCUUCACCCACUUCACGGGGCCUGUGUGCCAGUGCCCGCCGGGUUUCAUGGGACCCAGCUGCGAGUUCACGCUGCAGCCCAGCUUCCAGCCCGCCCCCCGACUGACCAAUAAACCUUCCUCCACCGCCCUCACAGCCUCCUGCGUCUUGGCGUUAUUUGCCCUUGGCCUGGCGACGGGCAUCGUGGUGCUGCGGCGGCGCCGGCUGCGUGGCAGGAAGCAGCUGAACGACACGGCGGUGUUCAAUGACCUGGAGACAGGGAUCAACCGCUUCCCCAGCGAAAGAGAGGCUUUCAUGGCGGCUAGCGGCCUGUUCAAGAUCAGCAACAGCGACCCACGCCUCAGCAUGGCAUCACUUGAAUCGCUGAGACCCCCAGACGACAGGACGGGCCGGGGACUUGGGGGGGAGCGCCACUCUUUCUCCCCUGGACAGGACUACCUCUGGAGGGGGGACAGCGGGGUUGGGCUGAGAUGA